UUGCCCUACGUUGUUUGCAUCGUGUUUGUGUUUAUAUCUCUGCAAACGGGAAUUUUCGAGAUUUUGGUGCAAUCUUGUACCAUUAUAAUAUUUUACGUUAUAUCGUGUACUCCGUGUCUUUGACAGUGCUUUUCUUCAAGACGUGUUUGUAGAAUGUUUAAGCGUCUUUAAUAAUUUAUUUAUUUAAAUAUUAUUUCGGUAUCUUUUGAUGCAACUGAAAAUGGGAACUACUCAAGAAAAAGAUAAACAGAUGUUGGAGAAGUUGAUGGAAAAAUUGGCUGAUGCUGAGUAUCCAUUCUGUGAAGAAGUUUCGAAGUAUGAAAAACUUGCUAAAAUAGGACAAGGAACUUUUGGGGAAGUGUUUAAAGCACGUCAUCGAACAACAAGAAAAGUUGUUGCACUGAAGAAAGUUUUGAUGGAAAAUGAAAAGGAAGGUUUUCCUAUUACAGCCUUAAGAGAGAUCAAGAUUCUUCAAUUAUUAAAACAUGAAAAUGUAGUAAAUCUUAUUGAAAUUUGCCGCACAAAAGCAUCAGCAUUUAAUCGUUGCAAGUCAACUUUCUACUUGGUGUUUGAUUUCUGUGAGCAUGACCUGGCAGGACUGUUAAGUAAUGUUAAUGUGAAGUUUUCUCUUGGUGAAAUCAAGAUGGUUAUGAAACAACUUCUAAAUGGAUUGUACUUCAUACACAGUAAUAAAAUUCUGCACCGUGACAUGAAAGCUGCCAACAUUCUGAUAACAAAACAUGGAACAUUGAAGCUUGCUGAUUUUGGCUUAGCAAGAGCUUUUUCUGUGAGUAAAAAUGGUCAGCCUAAUCGAUAUACAAAUAGAGUUGUCACAUUAUGGUAUCGACCCCCUGAACUUCUUCUUGGAGAGCGAAAUUAUGGUCCUCCAAUUGAUAUGUGGGGUGCUGGUUGCAUCAUGGCUGAAAUGUGGACCAGAAGCCCUAUCAUGCAGGGCAGCAGUGAGCAGCAUCAGUUGACACUCAUUAGUCAACUUUGUGGCUGUAUCAAUCCUGAAACACUCCCUGGAGUUGAGAAACUAGAGCUGUAUAAUACUUUAGAAUUGCCAAAGGGGCAAAAGCGGAGAGUCAAAGAACGCUUAAAGGCUUAUGUGAAAGAUCCAUAUGCAUUAGAUUUAUUGGAUAAAUUGCUAACACUUGAUCCUGCAAAGCGAAUUGACAGUGAUACUGCCCUGAAUCAUGAUUUUUUCUGGUCUGAUCCUUUACCCUGUGAUUUGGUUAAGAUGUUAUCACCUCAUACUCAAUCUAUGUUUGAAUAUCUUUUUUCAAAGAAGAAAAACGAGCAAAAUCGACAUGCUGGUCCUGGGCAACACCCUAGAGCUCAUCCAACAACAAACGAUCAGUACCAUGAUAGAGUGUUUUAAUGUUAUGUUAAAUAUCUACCUUGCUGGAAAAGUCUCAGAAAUAUUGAAAAUGCAAAAUUUAUGCAUAUUUCAUGCCUCUAGAUAUAAAAAAUUUUUUGCUUCAUUUUCAAUUUUAAACACAAGUUUUUUAAAAUAUUGAAAACUUGUUCUGUUCGAGCUUUCUUAAAAAAGGAACUGUUUAUUGGAUAGUAUUAUAAUUUGUGAAAUAUGCAGGCAGAUGUUUUACACAUGAAAUGAAUAAUGUUUAUAGAAUUUUUAAUUACAUUUGCUUAUAAUGUAUUAAAAAAUUAUAUAAACAUCCAAAAUUUUGUUAUCAGUGAAUAUGUAUAUAUUAUGUAUUUUUUUAGAGUUACAAUUCAGAUAUUUCAAAUAAAUACUUCUU